AUGUCGGAAGUUCAAAGCGAGGUGGUUAGAGAGCACACACAUGAAAUAUUUGCCAAUAACUUUUGGGGUAAAGAAGAAGUUGGUUAUGAAGUUCUUCGCACUCGUUUGAAACAAGCCAAGUUUACUUGUGAAGAAGUUAAAGCUAUAGCAACGAUCGAAGAAGAGUAUGCAAAACGAUUGUCGAAACUUUCAAAAGUUCCAAUAGGAAAAGACGAGAUUGGGACAUUACGUAAUGCUUUAGAGACAACAAGAUUAGAAUUGGAAGAAACUGCGAAAGAACAUAUUAAUCUUGCACAAAAAAUAAGGAAUGAGAUUGGACAAAAUUUGACAGAUUUUAUAACAAGUCAAAGAGAAAAGAAAAAAUUGCAACAAGCAAUUAUAGAAAGAAGUAUCAGGAAUAAACAGACACAAACUCUUAUGGCUCAAAAGGCAAAAGAAAAAUAUGAGGCAGAAUGUAUGAAGAUUACAGGAUUAUUACAAGAAAGGAAUAAUGUAUUAGGAAAGGAAUUAGAAAAGCUUAAUUUAAAAAUAGAGAAAACUCAAAUUUCUGCAAAAAGUGCAGAUCAGGAAUAUAUGCAAAUGAUUAAAGAUUUAGCGGAUACAACUCAAAAAUGGAAUUCUGAUUGGAGAGGAGCAUGUGAUAGAUUUCAAGAUUUGGAAGAAGAACGAAUCGAUUUUUUAAAGAGAUUUUUAUGGAAUUAUGCGAAUCUUAUAUCUAUUGUAUGCGUAGCUGAUGAUGAGUCUUGUGAACGAAUUCGUGUUUCAUUGGAGAAUUGUAGUGUAGAAAAAGAUAUUCAAAUAUUCAUCAAAGAACGAGCAACUGGACCAGAUAUUCCAGAUCCGCCGGUUUAUGUAAAUUUUUAUGUGGGACCAUCAGAAAAUGGAGUGAGAUAUAAUAAGCGAGCUAAUUUUGAGAGAAAUUCUACUGUAGAUCGAAAUGACGAAGUAACAACAGAAAUUAAUGAAAUUUUGGGAAAUCAGCCAUCAGUGGAUAAUAGCUAUAAUAAUAAUAUUAGAACAAAAGGAGAUGACGAUGCAUCAUUUUAUCAAACAAUAUCGAAAAGAGCUACUUUAUAUGCCAAUACAUCUGAUUCAACACCUUCUAAUAUGACGAUGAAUAAAAAUGAUGCACUUCCUCAAACUCCUGAUGAAGAAAUAGAAGAAGAUCCUAUUGAUCCAAGAAAUCCUCAAUUACUUUCAAUUGGUUCGAAUGUUUUAGAAGUACAAACGAAUAUCGUACAACGACAACAAACGGAAAAAGAUUAUAUUGUAGAAAAAGUUUUGGAAAAUAUGAAGAAAAUAGAUGAGAUUAAUAUAGAGAUGGCAAUGUCAACGAUGACAAAGAAUAGCAUAAAAAUAAUUGAUAAACCUCAACCAGCGUUACCUAAUGAGCAACCUUAUAUAAAUCAAUCUCAACAGAAUGCACAACAACAACAAAAUUCAAUUGAUCGAAGUCGAAAUGUCUCAUUCCCAAUAAAUCAGUUACCAUCACAGCAUCCGAAACAGCCGUCACAUCAUCAAUAUGCAUCAUCAACUUCUACUUCUCAAAAUAAUUUAAAAGCUCAUCAACAACAGCAACAGCAAUUUCCAUCAGGUCCUGGAGAUAUAAGACAUAUAAGACGUCAAAUACCUUCAGAUUAUGGACCAGUUUCAUCACAACAACAACAAAUUAAAGAUAACCUUUUAUUGAAACCACGAUCAAUGACUCCUACUAUUCCAAAUUUUCAAGGUCCCGGGGAUUUCAGACGAUCACCACCACCACAACAACAUCAAAGAAGAAAUUCAUCAGAUUCUUUACCUAAUAAUCUUUACCAACCGCCGCAACCACAACCACAACUGAAUCAUAGUAAAAAUAAUAGUCUUAAUAGUAUUAUAAGAUCAGAUACACUCAAGACAUCAUCAUCAACAAAUAGUAAUAAUUCCCUUGGUAUUCAACUUGAUGCACAGGGUCGAGUCAAACAAGAUGAUUUAGCUGAAGUAUAUAUGGCUAAUGGUGGACGUUCUCUUCCUACUACUAUAUCCAAUGGUAGUGGUGGUAAUUACAUGAGCAUACGUCCGGGAAAUACUCAACCAUUACGUACGGGACAACCACUGUCACCACCGUAUCAACAAGUGCCUCAACGAGCACCACCACAAUUUACUCCACAACCACAAUUAACUCCACAACCACAAUUAACUCCACAACCACAAUCUGUAGGCAGAAGUAAUACAAUUAAUACGAAUACGAUACAAUCGAAUCCUUAUCCAAAUCAAGCGCAAAAUAUGAAGCCUCCUAAAUCACAAUCUCAACAUCCACAUCAAAAACCUUCACAACAUUCCCAGAAGAAUGGUCACAAUGGAAUACAACGUUUGGACGAUGGAACACCAGUUCAAUUUUAUGUUAAAACUUUGUAUGAUUAUAAAGCUGGUCCUGAUGAAAUUUCGUUUACAACCGGAGAUAUAAUAGCAGUAACUAAAGUACAAGAAGAUGGUUGGUGGGUUGGGGAAAUUUUAGACCAUUCUAGAAAAGUUAGAGGAUAUUUCCCGAAUUUUAAUGUACAAUAA